UUUCCCACUCCGUUUCUUUCUUUUAUAUAACACCCCAUUUUCCUUUUCUCUCAGUUAACCUUCGCUCUUCUUCAAUCUUCAAAGUUUUUUUUUUUUUUUUUAAUAAAUUUUUUUCUCCUUUUAAUGGCGAUCGACGUUCUAGGAUUUACCAAGAUGGAAGAUCAUACGGCUAUCCAAGAAGCUGCUUCUGCUGGAUUGAAGAGUAUGGAGUAUCUGAUCUGUGUCUUGUCCAAUCAGGGUCCUUCUUCUUCUGUACAGCCUCAGAUGGAUUGCCGAGAUGUGACCGAUUUCACCGUCUCCAAGUUUAAACAGGUUAUUAACAUCUUGAACCGGACCGGUCAUGCCCGGUUUCGCCGUGGACCCACUAAGCCGGCUUCUUCUUCAUCUGAUGGAUCGGAGUCUCGAUCUGUGAAUCCGGACCGAUCGCCCGUCGAAUCCGAAACCGGUCUCACCCUGGAUUUCGGGAGGACCAGUCUUGGAAAGUCCUCCAAAUCAAAUCCUUUUUCUAAUACAUCUGAGUCGCGUUCCGAAUUUUCGGCGAGUCAGCAGCUCUCAAAGGAGUGCUUCAGCAUAUCACCCCCGAUGUCAUCUACGUCGUCGUUUAUGUCCUCAGUAACCGGAGACGGCAGCGUUUCGAAUGGUAAACAGGGUGGAUCGAAGAUCGUCGCACCGCCAGCUCCGGCAAUCUCUGCUGGAAAACCGCCGCUUUCGUCAUCUCAUCGGAAAAGAUGCCACGACAAUGCUUUCUCCGGUGAUUUACCCAGAAAAACAACGUCUAUGGGCGGAUGCCAUUGCUCCAAAAGAAGGAAGAACAGGGUGAAAAGAACAAUUAGAGUGCCGGCGAUUAGCUCAAAGAUCGCCGAUAUUCCUGCCGACGAAUACUCCUGGAGAAAGUACGGCCAGAAACCGAUCAAAGGCUCACCAUAUCCACGUGGGUAUUACAAGUGCAGUAGCGUGAGAGGUUGCCCAGCUCGUAAACACGUGGAGCGAGCUCACGACGAUCCCGCCAUGCUGAUCGUCACCUACGAAGGAGAUCACCGUCACCCGCCCUCAUCGGUGGCGGAAUCAGUCUCCGCUGGUUGCGUCGGUCUCGUUUUCCAGUCAACUUGAUUGUGAAGGAUAGGAGGGUAUUUUUGGAAAAAAAAAUUCCCCUCUAUGAUGUACUCAGAUCGACGGUCUAAAAGCUAGCCGUGACAUUGGGACCGUCCGGCCGACAUGAGGUUGAAGUCACCCGACAAACUAAAAAAGAAAGUCAAAGAAAGAAAGAAAGAAAGUCAACUAUACCAUGUAAUGGAGGUGCAGGGUUUUGUACGUAAAUUUGAAAAGAAAGCGAGGACUGGAAAUGGAAUAUUAAAAUAGUUUUCCUAUGCCAAUGCCUUCGAAUUGAAUAUAUUUAUUUAUUUAUUCA